AUUGUCCAUCAUAUGCAGAUAUGUCCCACACAGGACAAACGGGAAUAAACCAGCUGGGUGGUAUCUUCGUAAACGGACGCCCUUUACCGGACCACGUCAGAAGGUACAUCGUGCACCUGGCGCUGAUGGGCGUGCGGCCAUGCGACAUCUCGCGGCGGUUGCUGGUAUCGCACGGCUGUGUCUCCAAGAUUCUGUCCCGUUACUUCGAGACGGGGACAGUCAGACCAGGGUCCAUUGGAGGAAGCAGGCCAAAGGUAGCGACACCGCUGGUGGUUCGGAAGAUCCUGGGGUACAAGCUGGAGAAGCCGAGCAUGUUCGCCUGGGAGAUCCGUGAGCGCCUCCUAGCGGACAGGGUCUGCACGGAAGGCAACCUGCCCAGCGUCUCUUCCAUCAACCGCAUCCUCAGGACUUUACCAACUUCCACAUGCGACCAACAGAGACUACCCAUCAACUUCAGAACUAUCAGGGCUCCAGGUAUCCACGCACCGAUCCCUCUCCUACCAGUUCAAAUAGCGACAUCUAGUGGUCCAUCGGUGAAGAAUACUAGUACAUCGGGAAAUGACACAUCCCGCACUGUACCGACCAAAGUAAGCCCACCAACUGGAGUGACUGUAGAACAGAACAAAACGACUGAAAAUAGAAAAGACGGCAGCCUCAUGGAACCUUCCUCGGCAUCUGACACUACAGCAGGUGGACCAGCGGCGACAGAUGAUCACUCUGGCUUCAAGGCGAAUGGGUUAGUAGAGCAACCUGGGGGGCCGAGGAAGGAAGUUGUGAAGAAAACUGAGGAAAAGAAUAGCUCAGCAUCUUUAAACAUCGAUCCUGCCCUCUCACAGCCACGAAUGAUCGAACUUCCCACCUCAUCGGGUCUAGCACAACGCAGCAAUGCCGCCUCGCGGAUGCCACUAAUGUUGCACCAACGCCGCCUUGGCAAUGGCCAAACCGAAGGCCAAACCUUACCACUUUACAAUAUCAGCGAUCAUCCUCUUCACUUGAGGUCAGUGUAUCGCCAGUGGAGGGUGGUUUAAAGUUUUCAAAUACUUAUGUUGCAGUUUAUAAUACCUGAAAGUAUCUGGAAAUGUCUGGAAGUGUUCAUUGCCAUUGCCAUUUUGCGAUUGUGUCUUAAAACGUUGGAAUCUGAUCAGUAGUGAAGUACAGAAGCAAAUUGUAAUGUGACCAUGUACCAGUAUGUACGUAUUUUAUGCAAUUAGUUUGAAUCUGAUUGCCAUGGCCAAUCUAUUGACAUCGACGUCAAACUCGAUCUGUAAAAAGUAGACAAACAACCGUAUACGCAUAUGUAGAAUAUAGUAAGAU